UCCCGAUCUCCGACUCUCCCUCUAGAAGUCUAAAGAACGUUGUUGCCCGGUCUUGAUCUAUCUUCCUCGCCUUUGAGCGACGCGAAAAAACAGAUCUUGUAUAGACAGUUGCAGAGCGAAGUUUCCAACUGCGUCAUCGAGUGUUCUCGUUGUAUCUUCCCGGCCGUUCGAGCAAGCGCCUUGGUUUCGCAUCGCAACCUGUUGAGCGAGGACUCUGACUGCGAUGGGCCGGUUUUUGGUUCUUCUAAUCCUAGGGCUUCUUUGUUCUAGUGGCCAAGGUCUUCGUUUCGAUCUUCAGUCCGGUCACACCAAAUGCAUCGCCGAAGAUAUCAAGAGCAACGCCAUGUCAGUUGGGAAUUAUCACAUCGUUAACCCGAACGAGGGGCAGCCCUUGCCCGACACACAUAAGAUCACCGUUCGUGUUACUUCCACGUACGGGAACAACUAUCAUUAUGGGGAUAACGUGGAAUCUGGACACUUUGCUUUUACUGCGGCCGAGGCCGGUGACUACAUGACUUGUUUCUGGGUCCCUGAAAGGAAGCCCCAGGUAACGCUGACAAUUGAUUUCGAUUGGAGGACGGGUGUUGCUGCCAAGGAUUGGUCGAACGUUGCUAAGAAAGGGCAGAUCGAUGUCAUGGAACUGGAGCUGAAGAAGUUGGAGGACACUGUUACAUCCAUUCAUGAGGAGAUGUUUUAUCUUCGUGAGAGGGAGGAAGAAAUGCAGGAACUGAACAGGAAAACUAACUCGAGAAUGGCCUGGUUGAGUUUCCUUUCACUGAUAGUGUGUUUAUCAGUGGCAGGCUUGCAGCUAUGGCAUUUGAAGACCUUCUUUGAAAGGAAAAAGCUUCUUUAGAUCUGCAAUAGAUGGUUUUUACAUUUUGCCCUCUCAUUUCUGCCUGUAAUUUUUCUAGCAAUUGUUACCUUUGAUCACUUGGAAUAGACCAAUGAAGGUAGAGACGUUAAUGUGCUAUUGUUAGAUUAAUUCCCUUCAAUGGUUCACAAUCUUAACGUGUAUUUGUCGAGGACGGCUUGGAAGGAGCAAUGGUGAAAAAUGUUCCUUGUGCCCCUAAUAAACCACUCUUUUGUUCCA